CUCAAUCAUGUUCAUCUCACUCACCCUCACCAUCACUCUCCUGACCGCCGCCCAGGCCUGGCUCUACGAUGGCGCGACUCCCGUCGACUGUAUCGAAGACUGGGGGCCAUGGAGAUGUGCCGGAAACAAAAAGCAGUACCGUGAAAACAUCAUCUUUCGCCAUCCAACAGUCAACGGUGCCCCUUGUGUCAAUGGACGAAUCGAAUUCAACGAGAAUUCUUGUGAACCGACUUUGGACGACAAGACAAGGUCAGUGGAAAAGUUUUGGCUCAACCACGACAACGGCUUUACAAGUGGCUCUAGAUCAGGACGGGAGUCCGGUCUCAAAAGAGAUAUCCUUAUCCUGCUGGACAUGUCCGGAAGCAUCAGCACAACAGCUUUUAAUGAAGUUAAGGUUGAUAUUUCAAGGUUCAUUGGGUUGAUAUGCCCUGCUGGUGAUUUAGGCCGAGGUCGUACUAACCAGCUUGCAUUGGUGGCAUUCAGUGACCGAAUUGUCAGGGUUUUCGAUUUCAAUGAUCAUUAUAACUUAGCUGUCACGCAGAAUGCCAUUCGAAAUUUUCAACGCCAAGGAACCAAUACCCAUACCAAACAGGCCCUUGAGUACGUCCGAAGGAAUAUGUUUGGAAGCCAAGGACUUGCAUAUAGAGGCUUGCGUCGAGACAGCAACCAUGAGGUAAUUCUCAUCACUGAUGGACAGCCGACUGACGCUAGCGAGGUGGAGGUGGAACAAGAAGCUCAACGGUUGAAGAACAUGGGGGUCGAGGUGUUUGGAUUCGGUAUUGACGAAACUCAAGCAAUCAACUUUGAACAUCUUAACAAGGUGGUCAGUCCAAAGGAUACCAGCCACGUCUUUCACAUCAAAGGGGUUCAAGAGUUUACUGCAAUAGUGGAAAUAAUUCGUGCACAGGCCGAGUCACCUCACAACACGGGUCAGUGUAUAGAUCUUGGUUAUUACCCAGACCAAUAGACGAAGCAACAGCCAUGUCAAGAAAUCGAAAUGAA